UGUUGGUACAAAUGAUCAUAGAAGUAUAGGCACUUCACAAAAGAAUAAGCGCAAUACCAUAAUGAAUCACUACAUUGUAUUGCUAGAAAAGGCUGUUUCAAUCCUUCUCAAUUCCCACGGUAAUGUUAAAUGUGAAAGGCAAAUUGAAUGUCUCUGAUAGUUUAUUAUGCUCCUAGUCCCUUCCAUUAUGUCUCAACAGUUUUAUCAGCAUGCUAUUAUAUCUAGUUAUAUUCAACCAUCAUAUAUUUCCUUGUGUUUUCCCAGAAAUAUUGAAGAAGACAGUAUUCUCCAAGAGUCCUCAACAGGAUGUCCUCUGCCAAUGGCACUGCCUCAUAUCCCUCCACCUUUCUUCUGCUGGGUAUCCCAGGUCUGGAAGCUUUCCAUGUCUGGUUUGCUUACCCUUUCUUUGUUGUUUAUCUCAUAGCACUUGUGGGGAAUGUCACGAUCCUGUUUGUGAUCAAGGCUGAGCAGAGUCUUCAUCAACCCAUGUUUUACUUUCUAGCUCUACUCUCCUUUAUUGAUCUAGGCCUCUCCACUUCGACCAUCCCCAAGGUGCUAGCCAUUUUCUGGUUCAAUCUUAGGGAGAUAAGCUUUGAAGCCUGUCUCAUUCAAAUGUUCUUCAUCCACACCUACACUGGUAUGGAAUCUGUUGUGCUCCUGGCCAUGGCGAUUGACCGUUUUGUGGCCAUCUGCUACCCCUUGAGAUACACCACCAUCCUCACCAACAAGGCGGUAGCAUUCAUGGCCUCUGUUGUAGUGGGUAAUUCAGUCCUUCUUGUCUUGCCCUUCUGCCCUCUUCUCAAGCGAUUGCCCUUUUGUGGACACUACAUUAUCCCUCAUACCUACUGUGAACACAUGGGAAUUGCUCGUCUUGCCUGUGCUAGCAUAAGAGUCAACAUUAUCUAUGGCUUGUUUACCAUUGCCGUCCUCAUCUUUGACUUGAUCCUUAUUGCCCUCUCUUAUGUUCAGAUUCUCCGUGCUGUUUUCCAUCUUCCUUCUAGGGAUGCCAGGCUCAAAGCACUUAGCACAUGUGGUUCACAUGUCUGUGUCAUCUUGGCCUUUUACACACCAGCAUUUUUCUCCUUUAUGACUCAUCGUUUUGGUAAAAAUAUUCCUCGCUACAUUCACAUCCUCUUGGCCAAUCUGUAUGUAGUUGUACCUCCUUGUUUAAAUCCAGUCAUUUAUGGGGUCAGGACAAAGCAAAUUCGGGACCGAGUUGUGAAAAUAUUUGUAAAGAAAGAGUGACUUAAAUGUUUUCAGAUAUUGAUGAAUUCUUUCAUGUUAUCCUUCAGCAUGUGUAUCUUUUAGGAUGUCCAAAAUUGAGACUAGGUAAUGGUCCCUUAAAGAGCCUUGGUAGCACAAUGGCUAAGCUCUCAGUUGUUAACCAAAAGGUCAGA